UUCUCAAUCCAGUUCUCGGGGACUUCCAGACAGUCCAUGUUUUUGCUCCCUCCCAGUUACGUGCAAAAAUGUGGACUGUCUGGCAGGGAGCUGGGAGAGAGCAAAGACGUGGACUGUCUGAGGGCCACGAGGAUCGGGUGAAGAAACACUGGCCUAUAGUGCCCAAAAUGCAAUGUCGUACUUUUUGCUUUGUAUUCAUCACCUACAUUCAUCAUCUGCAUGUUGGAACAUGUGCACGGUGCUUCAGCUGGGAUGGUGGAUACAUCUAUGUAACAUGGGAGAUACUGGAAGAAGCAGAAACUUUGGUCCCCGCUGUCAUGACCUGAUCGUCCGCUCCUCCUGUGUGCCACGCCCCCUCGUUAACCCUGUGUGGCUUCCCUGUUUACCAGCUGUUCUUGAUUGUUGUCAUUAGUUCAUUGUAUUUAGUCCGCGUUUCCGUUUGUUUCCCCAGUCCGGUCAUUGCAUUGUUGUGUCGUCUCGUGCCUUGUUGCCCUGUUAUGCCCCGCUAUGCCCCUUCGUCUUCCUAUUAAAUCCUUUUAUUUUAACCGUAUCCUGAUCUCCGUCGCCUGUGUCCCUGGUCCGUGUGCCGCGCAUCGUGACACCAGCAAUGUAAUAUAACCCUAAUUCCCACACGCACACGCACGUGUCGGGUAAACAUAUCUUUAUGCUCAUUUAUUUCUAUGGGAAAAAUGCUAACGAAACUGGUCCCCAUAAGGGAAAAAAAACGGGUAUUCAUCACGUUGUGGGGACAUUGUGUCCCCAUAAGGUAAGGUAUACCCCCUCGCACACGCACACACACACACACACUCGCACAUUUAUAAACAAUAUUUGUAAGAGAAAAGAGGCUGAAUAACAAAGAAAAAUACUACAGAAAUUUAUCAAGCCCAUUGUGUGUUGGUUAACAUAGAGAAAUGCAUACUGUGGCCCAAGAGCCCAUGGUAUCAGGCCCGGCUCCAUCUUUGACAUGCAGGUUAUGAUUGGGUAGAUUAAGGUUAUGAUUGCAAGGGUUAAGGUUAUGAUUGGGUGGAUUAAGGUUAUGAUGGCAUGGGUUAAGGUUAUGAUUGGGUGGAUUAAGGUCAUGAUUGCGUGGGUUAAGUUUAUGAUUGAGUGGGCUAAGGUUUUGAUUGAGUGGGCUAAGGUUAUGAUUGGGUGGAUUAAGGUUAUGAUUGGGUAGAUUAAGGUUAUGAUUGGGUGGGCUAAGGUUAUGAUUACGUGGGUUAAGUUUAUGAUUGCAUGGGUUAAGGCUAUGAUUGGGUGGAUUAAGGUUAUGAUUGCAUGGGCUAAGAUUAUGAUUGGGUGGGCUAAGGUUAUGAUUGGGUGGAUUAAGUUUAUGAUUGCAUGGGUUAAGGCUAUGAUUGGGUGGAUUAAGGUUCUGAUUGCAUGGGCUAAGAUUAUGAUUGGGUGGGCUAAGGUUAUGAUUGGGUGGAUUAAGGUUACGAUUGCAUGGGUUAAGAUUAUGAUUGGGUGGGCUAAGGUUAUGAUUGAGAGGACCAGACCUACCCUGGCCCCCCUGUGGAGCUGGGCCUGCUUGGUAUGCAGGUACUGGGCCAGGGGGGGUGGGAAUCUGUCCUCAGUUAGGUUACACUUCUCUCGCCAAAACAUUUUCUUUUAAGCUCACAUUCACAGAGUAGGUGAACCAGAUAAGAAAAAUCAAGUUAUCUCGAAUAAACCCAUAUCAGGGAUUUUUUUUUUUCGUCACAAAGAACAAUAGUAUGGCAGUUUGGUGCAGUGGGAAGGGAAUUCCUGUCAAUGAUUAAUAAAGGAAGACAACCCCUUAGCUGCUUCAGGUCAUAGUCCUCCGCUACGACCAUCAGUAAAUGACUGUGAAUGUGGCCUAAUGGUUUUUCACAUGCUCAGGGAUUUACAGCUCAAUUGUAAAGCAUUUCAAAAUCAUACAAAAAUUUCAAAAUAUCGCUUAACUGAAGCUGCGUCAGCAUGUCCCUGCAUUUUACUAAGAUGAUCAGGCUGGGAGACAACGGAACCUUGGGGAACAAAACGUGUGACAAUGGCAUUUCCAUGCACCUAUUCCUGCAUUGCUCUCUUGUUCCAGCUUUCUUCAUUUUUGCCGUGCUGUCGUAUCUACAGAGAAGAGUCAAUCACUUAGCUAUCGAUGAGAAGAUCUCCAUCCUGAAGGGCCGUUUCGGCAUCGUUGUCCCCUUGGACUUCAUCGGCAGCCUCAGUAACCGAUGGUCAUACGGCUUCGCCUUCGGUGCCGUGUCCUCCAGCGUCAUGCUGCUCUUCUCCAGAGAGUACUUACCAUUUAACGUCCCCACAUGGGCCAGAGCUGUCGUGCACCUCGUCGGAGCGCUGGAGGUCGGCCUUGCCUACUACCCUUUCUUCGCCUGCUUGUCUUCCCCAGUUCGAGAGGCUGGAGCCGUGCUGGGCUUCAUCUACAGCCUGAUGUGGUCUAUGACUUUGUGGCCAUUGAAACUGCAAUAUAACCUCCUUUGCAGGCUUAUCGUGUCGACAUGGAACACAAUCAGCUGUCCAGCUGGUAAAGUGCUGGGCAGCUUCCAGAAACCCAUCCUGCAGUGGCCAAGCAUCUUCUGCCUAACUUUCCUGCUGGGCCGUUUCGUACACAUGCUGCUCAAAGCCAUUCGCAUCCGCAUGGGGCUGGACGCCCACGAGGAAACGGAGCAGCUGUUUCAGACGUAUCAGGCCAAAUACGUGCAGACUUUGCUGCGGAGACCUCCACAAGGGGAAAUAAAGAACUGGAUUCAGAGGAACAUUUAUGACUGGGACCCUUAUUUCAGGUUCCCCAACAGAAUGAUUGGCACCUCUAUCAUCUCUCUGAUUGGCCUGUACAUGAUCACGCUGGCCGACCACAGCCUCAGCAGCUACGUGUUUGACGAGCUGGACAAGCUGAGGGACUCCCUGGCGGAACUGGUCAGCUCCUGCAGCCAGUUAGAGAACCAGUUUGCCGCUCUCAGCCCUCAGCUGGUGGAGUUCAGUCAUGUUGCCAGAAAGACCUGGUUUGCUACGACCUUCUUCGCCGCCUUCACCUCGGUGACAUACACAUUUCACAUAUUGUCCUGCUACAGGAAGCACCUGAAGAGGCUUUGGGCAGGACAGAAAGGCUUCCUUCCUGAGAGGUUCCACAAUCCCAGCUCUGCAAUCAGCGUUGCAGCCAUUACUCGGUAUUCUGGCUGGCAGAUCGCCUUUACUUUAUGGGGCUACAUCAUCGUCCACUUCGUGCAGUUCCUGUUUGCGCUGCUCUUCGUGUACGGAGUGGUUCUGCCCAUUCAACACGGUCACGGCCUGAAAGUGCUGAUAAACUUCGGCAUCGUCCUAGGAGCCAUAGUAUUGAUUAUAGGACUGGUGAUAAUUCAGAUUAUACUGGUGCAGAUCUUCUUCCUUCAAGACAAGAUUUCCUCCACGGAUAGCCAGAAGCCCUUAGCAAUAAACAACAGAAAGGGCUUCCACAAUUUUAACUACUUCUUCUUCUUCUACAACGUGAUUAUGGGCCUGAGUAACUGCGUGGCGCGUUUGCUGAUGAGCGCCAUAGUGGGCACCUGGCUGGUGUCCCGCAUCGACCGCACCGUCAUGCCAAGGGGCUACGAGCCCUUAGACCCAGGGUAUAAUACAUGGAUUGGGAUGAUAUUUGCUGACCAUUACCAUAGCAACCCAGUCAUGAUCUGCUUUUGCCAUCUCGUAUUGGCUGAGAGGCUGGAAAAGCAGACGAGAGCGCUGUCACCAUACCCUCCAUUCAACAGCUCUCUGAUUGCGUCGAGCAGCAGGGCCCGGAGGCGCUGGCUGCUGCUCUACACUCUCGUGAAAAACCCCAAGCUGAUCCUGCACCGCAAACACCAGCCGUCCUCGUGCCAGGACACGGCCGCACGGGCCUGGAUGCUGGCCUCCCAGGUCCGUGCAUCAGAGGAGAACCUCAGGACUGCCAACAGCACACCGGACCGACAGGCAGCCGAAGAGCCCUGUCACUGUGAUGUGGAAGGGGCGAACGUGGACGAAGCGAUGACAUAGGCUCCAUAGCUGUGCUCCUGUGAUGUCACUUCCUGUCGUUUCACUGACAAAAUGGAGAAAGUGGCUCCAACUUCCUCUACAGAAACAUCAGCACAAAAAUUAACCACCGUUAUUUUUUUUAAAAGUCCUGUUUCUGGAUUAUGUUUCGACUUGGGAUAUAAAGACAUAAUUGGACGUAACCUGGAGUAGAAAAAAAUGGUUGGUUUAUUGUUUACAAAUAUGAUUUGUCAUGAUUUGUCAUUGGUCUGGGAAUGCCGUCCACUGGAGCAGCUGUGAAGAUCCGCAUGCAAGCCUGUGCAGAAGCAACACUGGACCAAAGCCCAGAAGGUUUAUCUGCGCUGAAGCCUAUAUUUGCUAUAUUUGCUACCUUUUUUUUAUUCUCUUGCAUCAUCUGUAAGUCAAGAAGUCAAUGAAGACAAGAACUGCAAAAACAAGAACCUUUCUGCCCAGAAUUAGUGACUGGAAUUAACACUAAGCAAGUCGAGCUUUGAAAAACAUAAUCCAUGUCAGUCCUGCUCCAAGAAAAAAAGUCUUUUCUGUCUCAGUUGGGUUUUUCCUGCAUACUUUCAACAUUUCAUAUAUGAUAUCAAAGAGACAGACAAAGGUGUUUCAUUCGACAGAUAUAGUAUGACGCAAAUAGUCCUAAUUCUACAUUCUUAUGAGUGUGUAAAAUAAAAUCCUGCAUUAUCACAUUAUUUCAGACAGCCACUUCAAUGCUAAAUAGGUAAGUGGUUAUUAAAAAUGGAUGGAUACAAAAUAGCGUCAUAUAAACUCCACGCCAUUUUGAAGUACUCAUCAAUAUGCUUCUAGCUAAGAAGCUUUGUGCAUCUAGUGGUCUCCUGUUUUGAGGUUUUGCUGUAUGAGUAUAUGCUGCACUGUAUAUAUGUAUACAUGUGAUAUGGUACUGACAUACUGAAAUUCUGUUUAUUAAUUGUUAUUGUCUGGCAUCUCUUGAGAAAUAAGAUAAUAAUUGCAGAUCAGUAUUACAUUAACUACACACUGUAGACUGAUUGAUUGAUGGAUUUCACAAUCAUGUUGUCUGUAUGUACGACGAAACAUGACAUAUCCCAUGACAUUUCACAGUGGCUUCUUCCAAACCAAACCAACUCUCUGAUUCUCAGAUCUCAGGACAGGCUAUCGGAAAAAUCCAAUUUUUUAUGUCAAUUAAAAAAGUUCCCAUCAAAACA